UAGUGGGUGGAGCCAAAUCUACUGCUCAGAAAUCAAGCCUGAAGAAUCUCACUCAUCUUUGUGAGGGAAAUCCGGGUUUGGUUGAUCAGUACAUCAGCGCCCUGUUGAGUCUGGACCCAAGCCCUACAACGCUAGCUAUGCUGGGUGUGUGUUUGGACUUUUGCACAUCUCAGAAGGACAAAGCUACAAUUGACAAGCAUAAGGGGGCCAUGUUGGACCUGUACAUAAAGAUGGUCUUAAUGAGUAAGACAAAAACGCAUCAACACAUUCUCGACAAAAGCGGCUCCUUGUUGCGCCACGUCUCUCACUCUGAAUUCAAGGAGCUACUUCUCCCCAGCAUUCAGAAGACAAUGCUGCGAAGUCCAGAGAAUGCUAUGCAGGCAAUUUCGUGCCUGCUGUCUGCCCUGACUAUUGAUCUCAGUCAGUAUGCCAUGGAUAUUGGAAAGGCUAUAGCAAGCCAACUGAAAGCCAACAAUGCCCAGCUAAUGGACGAAGCAAUCCAGGCACUGCAGAACUUGGCCCGACAGUGCAGUGACAGCAAUGCUGUACAGGACAUUGUCACACACCUAUUCAAGAUUCUUGGAGGAUCUGAAGGAAAGCUAACAGUUGUCACCCAAAAAAUGAGUGUUUUGUCAGGGAUUGGCAGCUGCAGCCACCAUGCAGUGUCAGGAGGCUCAAGUCAAACUUUGAGCUCUGCAGUCACAGUGAUGUUCAUCCCUUAUUUGCAGCAAGAAGGUAUCCUUGAUUUAUUGAUUUUUUUUUCCCUCCUCCACCCCUCUUUGUCACUCUGGUUAAGUGAGGUCAAAGUCCUUGGAGCUCAUGCUGUAAAUAUUUGCUUAAUCAUCAUCAGGAAAUUGCCAUGCCAGUGUUGUGUACACUUUCACAUCGUGGACAGCGAUGCAAAUGACUUUCAUUCUAAUUUGCCACAAUAUGAUUUAAUUUAAUAAUUCAGUGGUUUCAAAUGCUUACUCAGAUGUUCAG